ACCUUUCUUGCAUAAUAGCAUAAAUCUAACAUAAUGCCUCGUGCGCGCUCUCUUUCUGUUACUCCCUCCACUGGCGCGUCACGCUCCAAGAUCAAUCCUCCAACGGACGGAAAAGAUGAUUUUCUGCCACCAUCCAGACCAUUAGGGAAGCGGAAACGUGCUCAAUCGCAACAAGGGUCUCCAUCGCCCGAUUCGGGACUGGCAGAACCCAAGCGAAAGCGCGGCCGUCCAACGAAAGCCGAAGCUGAGAAACGACGUGCCCAAAGUCUUGGACCUCCUGUUGUAUCUCGUUCUGUCCGUGCUGGUAGCUUAGGCCCAGGUAAGGCACCUGCCAGUCGUAAAUCUGAGGUGUUGGUUCCAGAGUCGCAUCCUCGACCAUGUCGGCAGCUAUUCAUCUGGGGCAACGGAGACAUGGGACAAUUUGGUCUGGGGCCAGAUACUUUGGGUGACAUCGUUCGUCCAAGGCUCCACAGCUGGUUUGAAGAGGCUACUAGAGAAGGGAAGCUAGGAGGGGAGGGGGCGGGCCUGGAAGUCAUCUGUGCGGGUGGAAUGCAUAGCCUUGUUAUUGAUGAGGCGGGGAAAGUUUGGUCCUGGGGGAUCAACGAUAAUGCUGCCCUAGGAAGGCCCACUGUGGAAAUUCCAGAUCCCUCUAAUCCAGGAAAGAAUUUCGAGCCCGAGGAACUCGAAACUCAGCCAAAGACUGUUGAUACUCUUGUGGAGGAUAAUUUUCGGGCGGUGAAGGUUGCUGGCGGGGAUAGUGUCAGUGUCGCCCUCGGAUCCCGAGGAGAUAUAAGAGUAUGGGGAAGCUUUAGAGCCUCAGAUGGGCUUCUCGGAUUUGAUGGGAAGGAAGGAUCCCCUAAGACUCAAGUAAUCCCGAUAGCCUUAUCGACUCUGCAACAAUAUCAGUUCGUUGAUGUUGCCUGUGGCACUGAUCAUGUCUUAGCUCUGACUUCUACCGGUAUUGUUUGGGUAUGGGGAAAUGGUCAACAAUCGCAACUUGGGCGUAAGAUUAUAGAAAGAAGGAAGAUCAAUGGUCUCGCACCAGAGCGACUAUCGCUUCGCAAAAUCGCUUUCGUUGGUUCCGGAAGCUAUCAUUCAUUUGCUGUAGAUCGCGAGGGGAACGUGUAUGCGUGGGGUCUUAACUCCAUGAAACAGACCGGAGUCUCUCAGAAGGAUGGAGGCUCAGAUCAGAUCAUUCCCACUCCAACAAUCGUGUCCACUUUGUCUCCAUCCGCACUUGGCAAAGACCGUCGGGUUGUUCAGAUUGCGGGUGGAGAGCAUCAUACCCUUUUCCUGCUCAGCGAUGGGAGUGUUUGGGGUUGCGGAAGAUGCGAUGGCUUCGAACUCGGAAUCGGCGAAGAUCAUCCCGCGAUGAAGGGGGUCGACGAGCGUCGAGCAGCUCAUGAAGAAAGAUGGAAACGAAAAAGAGGCAGACAACUGGCAAAGGUCAGAGUUGUGAAGGCGAUGAAUAGCGUGGAAUCAAUGGAACAUCAUGACCAGGAGUCGUCUUCCGAUAAGCCACCACCCAUCGAUGAUUUCAUCCCUGAGCCUGUGCCCAUUCUGUUUCCUCCGCCCCUUCUAUGCGGUUCACAACCACAAACGGAUUCAGACGCACCACCCACAUGGACGGAUGAUGCUUACACAUCACCUCCCGCCGAUCCUAUCAUCCAUAUUUCCGCGGGCACUCGACACAAUCUAGCAGUGUCAAAGUCGGGCUACGUCUACGCUUGGGGAUUCAGUACUCAAUGUGCUUUAGGACUCGGCAAAGACGUCGAAUUUGCCAGGGUUCCCACCCGCGUGAGAAGCAAGAAGUUGGAUGGAGAUGAAAGAGGUACAUGGCUUGUGGAAAAAACUGCGGCAGGCGGACAGCACUGCCUUAUGCUUGCAAGAUGGAAGGACAAAUUGAAUUAAUACACCUCGGAAGUUGAUGGCUCUGUCUGCUUGCUUCCUUUAGUACUCAACACAUUCGUGUCUUUUUUUUU